UACGAUACGAGAAAUAAAACGAACGUACCCAUCUCCCCCGCAAAACUUUCCUUUUCUUUUCACUGAGAAACAAAAAGAGAGAAACAGAAGCGACGAUAAAUCCAUCCAAACCCUCAUUUCGUUCAUUCUUGCAUUUUUCUGCGAAAGCGCUGCUGAGCGAUUUUUUGCCGUAAAGCUUAAGGCAAAUCGUGACGUUACGUUAGGCUCUGCCGAAUGAGAAGUUGUGGUUCUCGAAUCCAUCGCGUGGGAUAAGGGUAGUGAGGCCUGAAUCUGAAGCUUCGCGGACGUUGGCUAUGCUCCGCAAAUUGUUCUUCCGCAAGCCUCCAGAUGGCCUCCUCGAGAUCUGCGAGAGAGUUCACGUUUUUGAUUGCUGCUUCACCACGGAUGCAUGGAAAGAAGGGAAUUACAAUUACAAAGAAUACAUGGACGGGAUAGUUGGUCAACUUAAGGAGAACUCGCCUGAUGCUUCGAUUCUUAUUUUCAAUUUUCGCGAGGAAGGUACCGAGAGUCAGAUGGCAAGUAUAAUGUCUGAGCAUGACAUUACUAUCAUGGACUAUCCUUUGCACUACCAAGGUGUUCCCGUGCUAAAAAUGGAGCUCAUCCACCACUUUCUGAGGUCUAGUGAAAGCUGGCUCUCGCUUGGGCAAAAUAAUGUGUUGCUGAUGCAUUGUGAACCUGGUGGUUGGCCUGUUUUGGCUUUCAUUUUGGCUGCAUUGUUGAUUUAUAGAAAGGCUUAUACUGGGGAGCAGAGGACUCUCGAUAUGGUUUACAGGCAGGCUCCUCACGAGCUUUUGCAUUUGUUGUCACCGUUGAAUCCUAUCCCUUCCCAACUGAGGUAUCUGCUGUAUGUUUCCAGGAGGAAUGUGGCCUUAGAUUGGCCUCCUCUGGACAGGGCACUUAUGUUGGACUGCAUCAUUCUCAGACUCUUCCCAAACUUUGACAGUGAAGGUGGUUGCCAUCCCGUGUUUAGAGUUUAUGGACAAGAUCCCUUUAAUGCUGAUAAAGUUCACAAAAUGUUGUACUCAACGCCGAAAAGAGGCAAAAAUGUUGGGGCCUUUAAGCAGGGAGAGUGUGAACUUAUUAAAAUUGAUAUCAAUUGCCAUAUUCAAGGUGACGUUGUCAUUGAGACUAUUAACUUUAAUGGUGACAUGGAGCGUGAAAGGAUGAUGUUUCGAAUCAUGUUUAACACAGCCUUUGUUAGAUCUAAUAUUUUGAUGCUUAACCGGGAUGAAAUUGACAUUUUAUGGGAUGCUAAAGAUCACUUUCCAAACGAUUUUAGAGUUGAGAUCCUUUUCUCAGAGAUGGAUGCUGCAAUAGUUGUUGCCGAUAGGACCUCAUGCUUUGAGGAGAAGGAUGGACUACCAAUGGAAGCAUUUGCCAAGGUUCAAGAGAUCUUUAGCCAUGUAGACUGGAUGAACCCCAAGGCAGAUGUUGCCUUAAAUGCUCUCCAACUUAUAAGUGAUUCAACUAUGAAUGAUAGCUUAGAUGAAAAAGAUCCUAGAACGCCCCAAGGGAAUUUGAAUGAAGAGGUACGGUCUUCAUUCUCAACCAAGACACCCCCAGUUACUGAUAUGAGUAGAAAAGAGGACAAUACCAACAAGUUCGAGGGUAUUCCGCAGCAACCUGGUACACCUAACAAUAUUUGUCAAGAGUCAGCCAGAUCUUCUAAAAGGACCUCGGAAUCCAAUAAAUGUCCAACAAGACCUACAAAUCUUGACAUAAAACAGCAAGCACCUCAUCCUGCCGUAUCUUCUACCGAUACUUCUUUUUCCCCUCGAACACCUCCUUUGAGGCCUCAAUCCACUAGUGCUAAAGAAGCUCAUGAUUCUCCUCGCCAAACAGAAUCGCCCCCUUCUUAUUAUGUUGUGCCUUUGCAAUCAAAACACCAAUCACAAGACAGAAGUCAUUCAUCUAUUUCUAUCCCUACACCUGACACCCAAUUGUCACCUACUUUUCAUAGCAAGUCACUGGCUGACACCAUUUCCUGUCCUUCAGCUUCAACAAUUACUUCAACCCAAUCAUCUCCUUCACUUUCUUCCAAAAAUGUGGAUGAGAUUCCUCCUAUUAAAACAAGAAUAGAGUCUUCCCCUUCACGACCUCCAACUCCGCCUCCUCCACCCACUCCUCCAUUAAAUGAUUAUAGACGAGUUCGAGCUACACCACCUCCUCCACCACCACCUCCUCCUAUUCCUCCAAAGAAAGAACUACAUGUUAAAGCUGGACCCCAUCCUUCUCCUCUAUCACAUAUGAAUGUGGAGCCACAGGUUAGAGAUGGACCCUCUCCUCCCCUUUCUCUAAAAGAGGAGCAACCUACUAGGUUUAAACCUCCUUGUCUCUCUGGGCAAGUUGCAGGUUUUACUAUAGUACCACCUCCACCUCCACCUCCACCUCCACUUUCAAGUGAAGUACUUUACUCAAAUUGCACUAAUUCAUCAUUGCAAAAAUCUAUAGCUCCUUCCCCUCCUCCUGGGGCACCUGCCCCUCCCCCUCCUCCCGGGGCACCUGCCCCUCCCCCUCCUCCCGGGGCACCUGCCCCUCCCCCUCCUCCCGGGGCACCUGCCCCUCCCCCUCCUCCUGGGGCACCUGCCCCUUCCUCUCCUCCUGGGGCACCUGCUCCUCCCCCUCCUCCUGGGGCGCCUGCUCCUCCCCCUCCUCCUGGUGCACCUGCUCCUCCACCUCCACCUGGAGCACCUGCUGCUCCACCUCCUCCAAUGCCCUUUGGUAAAGGAGGUCUGAAAUCAGGCAGUCCUUUUCCAGGAUCUCAUUCUGUGAACGCUCGAUCUAGUUCACCAACUAACUUGAAGGGAGUUUUAUCGCGAACAAUUAACUCAAAGAAUAACGCAAAAAGGUUGAAGCCUUUGCAUUGGUUGAAACUAUCUAGAGCAGUGCAAGGAAGUUUGUGGGCAGAGACACCGAAGUCUGGUGAAGCUUCCAAGGCCCCAGAGAUUGAUAUGUCAGAGCUUGAGAAUCUCUUCUCAGCAGCAGUCCCAACUUCAGGUAUUGCCAAAAAGUCAAAUGUCCAAAGCUCAGCUGGGCCUAAAUCUGAAAAAGUGCAACUGAUUGAGCAUAGGCGAGCAUAUAACUGUGAAAUCAUGCUUUCCCAAGUGAAAGUUCCGUUGCACGAUUUAAUGACCUCAGUACUAGCACUGGAAGAUUCAGCACUGGACUCUGAUCAGGUUGAGAACCUCAUAAAGUUCUGUCCAACAAAAGAGGAAAUGGAAUUACUCAAGGGUUAUAACGGGGAAAGGGAGAAGUUAGGAAGAUGUGAACAGUUCUUAAUGGAAUUGAUGAAAGUACCACGAGUGGAAUCCAAGCUCAGAGUUUUUUCAUUCAAGAUUCAAUUUCGCUCUCAGGUUUCUGACCUAAGAAAGAGCCUGGUUAUUGUGAAUGCUGCUUCAGAAGAGAUCAGGAAUUCAGUCAAACUAAAGAGAAUUAUGCAUACAAUACUUUCUUUAGGAAAUGCUUUGAACCAAGGAACUGCCAGGGAGGUACCUGGAGUCAGAGAAUGAAAAUAACAGAAUUGACAGGCAAGAAGGCAAGCUUCUACAGAGCAGAGCUCUCCCAAGCAAGAAAAGAAUCUCUCUGCUCCAAAUAUCCACACUAACGGAUCCCAAGAAUGAUCCCAACAUUUUUACAAAGGGAAGAUUUAACCAACCCCAUUCCCCUCUAACAGAAUCAAUCAUUCCCCAAAUACCCCUCCUUUAGUAAUAAUAGAUACCCCCAAAAAGAAAUAUCACUAGACAAUCAAUUCUGCUUCUUAUUCUUAGGCCUGCGACUAUAGAUUUGAAUGGGGUUAUUCCAUGUUAAAAAUUCAAUAUGUACUAACAACAGUCACUCUCAACAAAGAAAGGUUGAAGAGGAACAAAUGAAUUCAAACUUCUGUGUAUGUCACAGCAACAAAAACAAUGGUGUUAUAUAACCCUUAACAUUACAGUUUCUUCAUUUACAAAACAAACUCCCUAUUUUACCUCUAACAAUCGUCCCUCCCGUCUACUCUGGACUUGACCUCAAGGCCAACUGCUAACAAUUCCAAUCAAAGUCUGGAAAUUGAAGCUGCAUUUGAUGUAGCUCUCUCUAUACAGCAUCCUCUAAAUUAGUCUCCUUCCAUUGAAUUAGAUACUCAGUCACAACUCUAUUAUUUUUCUAUUUAAUUCUUCUGUCUAACGCUGCCAGGGGUUGUGGCACAACUUCUGCUUCUUCAUUCAUUAAAGGUAGUUGAGUUGAGACUGGCUUGUCACCAUGGUAUUUCUUCAAUAAGGACACAUGGAAUACAUUAUGAGUCUUUGUUCCUGCUGGUAAAUUUAAACUGUAGGCAACCAUUCCAAUUCUAUCUAACACUUUAUAAGGCCCAUAAUACCUUACAACUAGUCUGUGAAAAGAGGUAUUAGUGAACGUAUCCUGCCUGUAAGGUUGAAGUUUUAAAUACACGAGGUCGCCAUACUGAAGUUCUAAAAGUUGUGUUGUAAAUAUUCUCCUUGAGCAUCCUCACUUGAUUAUAACCACUCCUUAGAUCCGGUUUCAUCCAACAGGUCUUUAAUUAAGGGUAUUGGAAAUUUAUUUUUGACAGUGAUUAGAUCUGCGACCCAUCUUUCUUAACAAAAACUAGAGGUGAUGCAUAGCAACUUGAACUUUCAAUGACAAAUCCCGUGAACAAUAAAGCUUUAAUUCGCCUCUCAAUCUCAGGGUUUUGAGUAUUUGGGUAUUUGUAUGGCUUUAACCAAACAGGUAUAUUACUUUUUGGAAUAAUCUUAUGAUCAUACCUUCCUUUUGCAGGUAAUUGAGUAGGUUCUUGAAGUACAGUCUGAAAUUGUUGUAAUAAGAUAUCCAGUUGAAACUGUUGUGUUUGUAUAGCAAGCAGCAUUGGUUGACCGUGUGUUGUCUUCAAAUUUCCUGAAACUAGUAAAUUGUCAUUGUGAUGUUGAGCCCCUUGUGAUGUAACUGUCUCCCUGAUGCUGAAAAGUCAUAGUUAAUUGAGCACAACUCCAAGAAAUUUCACCUAGUGCCUUAAAUCAUAUCAUGCCAAGAAUUACUUCGAGAUAGCUACUUGGCAUGGCAAGACGAGAAAAGCAGCCUUGAACACAUGAUUGUUGAACUUCCAUGUCACUUGAGGACACUUUCUUGUAUCCUAAGUUGUUUAUCAAAUGCUACUAUAACUGGAAAAUCUGUUAUGAAAGUUGUUUUUGAUCGUAACAGUUGCAUACAUUCUUCACUGAUGAAAUUGUGUGUACUUCCUGUAUCCAUCAAAAUACAACCUUUUGUUUCUUGAUUAAUCCUAUCAAUUGUAAAGUGUUUCCACCCAUACACCUUGUAAAGCAUGUAAAGAAAUGUGAACAUGGGAAUCAUUGACCAAUUUCAGACUUUGUUCCACCAUAUCAUUGUCUUGUCUUUUUCUGAAUUUGAGUUUACAGCUUCAUCACUUCCCGUUUCAUCACUUCCCUCUUGUGCAAAGAAAAUGUCAUUUAAUUUUCCCCAAACCUCACUCUUAAAUCUAUGAUUCUUAUCCCAUUUUUGUCACAGAAUCUACAUAAUCCUUUAUAAAUUUGUUCACUAAUCUCUUUCCUUGAAAUUGAACUUUGCCGAUGUAGAUUUGAAAUCAGCAAUAGAGGCUGACUGUUUUGAUGCAGCUGUGGGAUCUUACUGCAGUGUAGUUAUAGGUGGAGUUGUGCUAUUUUGACUUGCACUACCAUGAACGUGAAUCGGUAUUGCACCUCAGAGUUGGUCACUUGAUUCUCAUUGAGUUUCUUUGUGAUUUCUUGGAGGACCUCUUCUUGUAAACUUGUUGACCUCACAGCUUCUUGAAUUGUCCUGGGUCUAUGGACACAAACAAAUAUCUCUAACUCUGCACUCAAGCCUGAAAGAAAAAGAAAAUACUUGAAGCUGUCUCCUAAGAAAUCAAUCAUCACCAUCACCCUGAGCCAAAAGGUUAUCAAAAUUCUCCAAAUAUUCAAUUAAAGACCCUUCUUGUUUCAGUCUUGCCAGUUCAGCAAAUGGGUCAACAAAUGCUCCAUCGUCAAACCGAUUUCCAACAUCUUACAAGAUUUGAAUCCAUGUUUUCUGCUUAAAAUCGAGGGUUUGAAUAUAAUGGUGUUGCUAAUUCUUGUGAAUCCACCAUCGUCCUCUCCUUUGUGUCCAUGCAUGUCUCUAGUUCUUUUGUAGUCACCAUCAUUGCAGGCUUAUCCGAUACCAAAUUGUUAAAAACAAUUCAAUAUCUGAUAACAAUACUCACUCUCAGCAAAGAAAGUUUGAAGAGGAUCAAAUGAAUUCAAACUUCUUUGUAUAUCACAACAACAAAAUCAAGAGUGUUAUAUAACUCCUAACAUAAUAUUUUUUUUUCCUCUUGAUAGGAUAUAAUGUGUAUGAGAGGAGGAAACAAAUUAAAAAUUAGUUGUUAGUUGGGUUGUUAGGUUGAGCCUUUCUUUAUAUAGUAGGGGGGUCUUUGUAGGCAGGGCAUGUUUUGGACGUUGUAGAGAAUUGUUGACACGAUCAUUGGCAUCCUGUGUAAAGGGAACAUUGUCCUUUGGAGGCAUUCUUGUUGUUCUUGGUGCCUAGAAUCAAUAAUACAAGAUCUUUUCAGUGAGUUUAGGUGUUUUGCAAUGGUGUUCUUGGGUUUCUCCCUCUAUCUAGGAACCCAACACCUAUACAUAACAUACUCCCUAUUUUAACUACAACAUUCCAUCUGAAGGAUGGUUUCCAACAUAAGCACCACCCUGAAACAUUAAUUAUGGUAGGGGGAUAGAAUAUUCAUACUCUAAAUAAAAUCAAAAUAAUUAGAGGAUAGUAAAGUUGGUUAUUAUGUAUUCAUUUGAAAAUCUGUAAUGUUUAUAGCAUGAUGAAUGAGUUUGAUAGCAAUCAUUAUCCUUUUCUAGACAUAUGUGCUGAAAACUAAAUAAUUCACAUUUUGCAUAAAUUUUUUACUUUUGCUUUAGAUUUUUACUGAUCGUUAUUUAUUUCAUUUUGUCAAUCUCCUAUUUAUA